ACGAUGAUCGUCACAGUGAAACGAACAAUGCGUGAGCGCUCUGUGAUUCGUUAGCAAAUCAGUUUGCUUUGAAGCGUUUAUGCGGUCAUAUGGUCAGUGUUGAUUUGUGUUCUGGAUUUUGUUCCGGUUUUGCAGAUUUUUCCGUGGAUAUUUUGAAUAUUAUCAUUUAUUGAGUGUAAAACAAUUGAUAAAAACAACGACAUUUCUUUCUUCAGCUAAAAGGAAUCCACUGCGAAUUUAACAAUCUACUUUAUUUAUUGCGUGGUGGAUAGUCGAUUAUAAACAGUGUGUAAGUGUUGGUGUAGAUGGUGCGUGUGUGAUAUAAAAGUUGGUAGAGUGGAUCAAUUGUUUGUGUAGUUCGUUUGUUUAUCAAAGAUUAUUUAUCACCAUCGUCCGUUCCUUUGUUCUGAACAUCAUUACUCAAUGCAAUGACUGUUUCAGUUUUAUUUUUCAAUCCGCCCGAACUCCACACACUAGAAGGGGUCAUUGGUGAUACGGUUGAAUUCAAUGGUUCCGAAAAUGUUUUAAGCGACUGUGAUUUGGAUGCGAUUGACCAUUUUACCACCGGAAUACAAAUCAGAUGUUUAAUUAAAAUGAAGAACAAAAAUAAAUAAAUGUAUAUAAAGAAGUGCAAUUGAAAGAAGAAGAAGAAGAAGAAAAAAAAAUCGUCGAAUAAAUACAUAAAACAGUCCAAAUAUCCCAUUAAGAAAAUGGAUGCGACCGAUAAUGAGACGGGCGAGGUUAAAUGGGCUGGGCAUUUUGAACCAUUGGAUGCCUACGAUAUUGAUAUGGAAACGGGCGAAUUCGAUUCAAAUAUUUUCACACGUCCAAUACGAAAAACACCGUUUGUCAUACCAAAGGAAUUGAUUCAACCGCCAAAGCAUGAAGCUACCAAACUGUGUUGCAUGGAUGCACACGAAAACUACACUCUGUUCAAAAAGGAAGAAGUCAUCGGUUUGCAAGAGGAUAUAAUUUUGGGUUGCAACAAGACCAGUCAUCGUCUGUUUUUGUUACCAAGCUUCUUCCUAUUUUUCCGCCUCUGUGCACCGGUCAUCGAAAUUAUUGAAAUCUUUCUGCAUGUUUGGGCACACAAAAAGAACUCACAAAAUACAGACGAAAGUUUCUAUUAUCGCAGCCCAUUGCACAUUAUCACAUCACAGUUUUGUGCCAUUUGCCGGAAUAAAAAGCAAAUGGAUCAGGUCAGCAAGUUGCAGGACAAACGGAUGGAAAAUUGGCGAUUGCAUUUAAAGAAUGUCUCUAGAAUAUACUAGUGUGAUCGAUGAAAUAAUAAGCGAAGAGACUCUCCACAAAUUCCAGUGACUCACUUAACAAUUACAGCAUACGGGUUAGCACAUAAAUGUACACGUUUUGAAGAUUGCGCUUUUUCGUUUCAUUGCAAAGAGAGAGAAAGCAAACACACACAGUAAAUUACAUGCAAUCGGUUGCACGUGUAUAUCGGUGAAUGGAUGAAAAAUAAUCCACAGAUGCCAUUGUAUUUGCAUUGUAAGCUCGCUUAGAAUCGUUUAAUACUUGGCCAAUAGUUGCAAUGAAUUCGCAUGAAACAAAAAAGCAAUAAAACAGAUAUUGAUUGCAUAGUUAAUAAGCGUAAAGCGUAAGAAAAACAACAACACAUUUAAAUUAAUGUAUUUUUUAAACAAAUAAUUUUAUUCGAUAGAAAAAAGAACAUUCAAUAUUUAAAUAAAUGCAAUAGCAUUUGAUCUUUUGA